AUGGCUGAAGCCGCGCCAAGGGCAGCAGGCCCGUCCGUCGGCCUGACCUUCAUAUCGACCGGCACCGUCCGCAUCCGGCAGUCGAUGAAGGGCCAGCCUAUCACCACAAAGACUGUCAUCCUGCGACGUCUAACGUCCUUGAUGGACCGCCAGUGGACGGAGGAGCUCCCCAUUGGCGUCUUCAUUGUCUCGCACCCCGACGGGCCGAUCCUGUUUGAUACCGGCGACUCGCCGCUCUGGGGCACGCCUGGCUACCUGCCGGCGUGGAGCCCGACCAAGUUCUUCAGCCAUGUCACCAUAGGGCCCGACGACGGCAUUCUUUCGCAGCUGCGGGCACAUGACGUCGAUCCGACGACCCUGCAGGCUAUCGUGCUGAGCCAUCUACACGGCGAUCAUGCCGGAGGGCUCAAAGACUUGGCCGCGGCCGCACCAAACGUGCCGGUCUUUGUGAGCGGCGAGCACUGGGAGGCAUUCGGAAAGCACCCGCUGCGCGCCAAGAUUGAAGGCUGCACGCCACAGCACUGGCCUGUAGGCUUCGACCCUAAGAUCCUGCCGUUUGCUGAUGGGCCCGUUGGGCCGUGGAAACAGUCACACAAGGUGACGGCUGAUGGAAAGGUCGUUGUCAUCCACACCCCCGGCCAUGUGCCCGGCCACAUCUCGAUGAUUGUCUAUGGCCAGGAGGGGGAUUCGUCGACGACAUACUUCUUACCUGGUGACGCGACGUACGGCAUCGAUCUGUUGGACAGGGAGGAGCCCGACGGCAUCAACGACGAUCCUGUGACGGCGCUGCAGAGCCUGAAGCUGAUCAAGGAGUUUGCUGGCCAGACGGAUGUCGUCGUCUUACCAAGCCAUGACCCGGAGACGCCGAGGUUGUUGAAAGAGAGGGUGGUGUACAAGCCGAAAGACUCGACAACGUCGACCAAAUGA